AAAAUAUGGUUGUAUAGAUCCGAUAUAGAUAUAUUUCUUCGUACCAUUGAAGUCAGCUGGUAUCGGCUUCAGCACGCCGACAACGCGAGUGAGAAAACGUCACAAAGUUGAUGGGUGGAUGUUUAAUUUUUCUGUUGUCUUCCGCGUACAACAACCAAGACGUAGUUUGCCCUCAUACCUCUGGCUUUUUCCGGGUGCCAAGUAAUGACAUAAUUGAAGCAAUCCACUCACUGGAGAAUUUCGUCACAGUUUCCACUCAAAUUGCCAACUUACCAGACCACGUGGGUGUUGUUUAUGUUGAUGACGUUGCUGUGAUGUGCUAUGACAGCAAGAACAGGAUUCUGGAGCCCAGAAAUAACUGGGUGAGAGAAGCCACAGCAAACGAUGCAGACUUUUGGGAAAAGGGGAGAAACGUCGCCAUGAUUCUUGAGGGUUUGGGCAGAUCUUUGCUGGAAACCGUGAGAAAGGCUUUCAACCAAUCUGAAGGUGUCCACUUUGGGCAGGCGAGGUUUGGCUGCGAAUGGGAUGACCAGACCGAUGCUGUCGAUGCUUGGGAAAAGAUGAAAUAUGAGGACGAGCACGUCAUGUUGUUGGACGUGAAUACAUUCACAUGGACCGUAGAGGGCCCGCAGGCUCUUGCCAUCAAACACAAGUUUGACUUUAACGAGCUUCAAAGGGACCUGCGGCAGCAUUACUACACGGAGGUUUGUCCUUCUUUGUUGAAGAAGCUGGUGAACUACGGGCGGAGCAUCCUCAUGAGAACAGAGCUUCCCAAGGUGUCUCUUCUUCAGAAGACGCCGUCCUCCCCGGUCACCUGCCACGCGACAGGUUUCUACCCAGACGUGGCCGACCUUUUCUGGAGGAAAGACGGUGAGCAGCUCCACGAGGACGUGGACUUGAGCCAGACUCUGCCCAACCACGACGGAACCUUCCAGAUGAUGGCCAACCUGAAAGUGGAGGUGACGGAUGAGGUGGAGGGCCGGUACGAGUGCGUGUUUCAGCUGGCUGGUGUUCAGGAUGAAAUUGUCAUCAAGCUGGAGAGAGGAAACAUCCUGAGCAACGCACGCAUUGAAGGUGAGGAACAUGUGUUCGGGGAUGCCCAAACUUCUUGGCCUCCGGCCACCUCAUUCAUCUUCACCAGGAGAACUCAACUCAAAUUUAUUACUCAAGCAUUUGAAAACAACCACCGCUGUUCAAGCUUCAGUCAGCAAUCCUGA